UUGCAGUUUGAAAGCAGUUCCGGGCAGGGAGGCGACUUUCCUGUCCUCACGGACUCGGCCUCUAGCAGUGAAAAACUACAAGUCCCAGGGUCCCUUGCGACGGCCAUAGUCAAGUUGCCGGUGGAAUUGGCCCAGGAUGACAGCUGGAGAAUGGAGUCAGUUUUGUCCAAGUGUGAAAACCAGAUUACUAUUUUCACUGACUACCUAGAAGAAUUUCCAGAUACAGAUGAGCUGGUAUGGAUCUUGGGGAAGCAGCAUCUCCUGAAAACAGAAAAAUCUAAGCUGUUGUCUGAUAUAAGUGCUCGUCUAUGGUUUACAUACAGAAGGAAAUUUUCACCAAUUGGGGGAACGGGCCCAUCAUCAGAUGCUGGCUGGGGAUGUAUGCUGCGCUGUGGACAGAUGAUGCUGGCUCAAGCCCUUAUCUGUAGACACUUAGGAAGGGACUGGAACUGGGAGAAACAAAAAGAACAACCCAAAGAAUAUCAACGGAUUCUACAAUGCUUCUUAGAUAGAAAAGACUGUUGCUAUUCUAUCCAUCAAAUGGCACAAAUGGGUGUAGGAGAAGGGAAAUCAAUUGGCGAAUGGUUUGGACCAAACACAGUUGCACAGGUGUUAAAAAAACUUGCUUUAUUUGAUGAGUGGAAUUCCUUGGCUGUUUAUGUUUCAAUGGAUAACACAGUGGUCAUUGAAGAUAUCAAAAAAAUGUGCUGUGUCCUACCCUUGAGUGUUGACACAGCUGAUGAAAGCAUCUCUGAUUCUCUGACUGCUUCAAACCACAGUAAAGGCACCUCUGCCUUCAGCCUAGCCUGGAAACCCCUGCUGCUCAUUGUGCCCCUUCGCCUGGGCAUAAACCAAAUAAAUCCUGUGUAUGUAGAUGCGUUCAAAGAGUGUUUUAAGAUGCCACAGUCUUUAGGGGCAUUAGGAGGAAAGCCAAAUAACGCCUAUUAUUUCAUAGGAUUCUUAGGUGAUGAGCUCAUCUUUUUGGACCCUCACACAACCCAGACCUUCGUUGACACUGAAGAGAAUGGAAUGGUUGAUGAUCAGACUUUCCAUUGCCAGCAGCCCCCACAGAGAAUGAACAUCUUGAACUUGGAUCCUUCUGUAGCAUUGGGAUUUUUCUGCAAAGAAGAAAAAGACUUUGAUAACUGGUGUAGUCUUGUUCAGAAGGAAAUUCUAAAGGAAAAUUUAAGGAUGUUUGAAUUAGUUCAGAAACAUCCAUCACACUGGCCUCCCUUUGUACCACCAGCCAAACCAGAAGUGACAACCACUGGGGCAGAAUUCAUUGACUCUACUGAACAAUUGGAGGACUUUGACCUGGAGGAAGAUUUUGAGAUUCUGAGUGUGUAGAAUAAUAGGAACUCAACUUGGAGGUCUGUCUUCCAUCUGGCACAACAUGAACAUGAACUUGUUAUAUAAAACUUUUGUAGUCAGCAAGUGCCUGGUAUGCCAGCAGCAUACAAACUCAAUAGCAAUCAUGACUGAGCCAAUUACCAUUUCUCAGAAAAAUAACAACAACAAUGACAACAACCCUUCCCCAGGAAGAAAUAGAACAGUCAUGGAGUCUAGAAAGUUUAGGAGGAGUUCAUUGCUUCUCAGCUUGUUUUACAUGGCUACAGAAAAUCUUCAGCAGCUGAAAUGAGGACAUUUGGAAGACAGACAGCAACUAUCAUCUUGCUUCAAGCACCAGCAGAUGAGAGAUGGUUACACUGUUCUUCAUCACUCUUUCAGGUGUGACCUCUAUGGAACUAAAUAAUAAGAAGCAAUCUGUUCUCUCGCUCAAAUAAUAAAGUAACUGAAUCAGGGAGAAAAAGUUCUUGUCAAAUUAUUUGAAUAUGUAUUUUAAAUAACUGUAAUAUAUAUCCACACAUUUGUCAAGGAAAGUAUGUCAAAUGUACACUUCUUGGUUAUCUUGCUAUUUGAUGGGUCCGUCUCUCCAUCCUUACUGGUACUUUUGUCUAAAGUCAACUUGUUUUUAAAUCAUAUCAUGAUCACUUAAAUCAUAGGUCAGAACAUUUUUUUUCUCUAAAGGACCAGAUUGUAAGUAUUUUAGUCUGCAGGCCAUGUGGCUUCUGUCACAACUACUCAAUGGUGCAAAAGCAGCCUUACAAUAUGCAUGUAACUGAACAUGGCUGUAGGCCAGCACAACUUCACAAAAACAAGUGAAGGGCUGGACUGGGCCUGCAGGCUGUAGCUUGCCACGCACUUAAAUUGUUGGUUUUUGUUUGAGGUAUUAAAAAUAAAUUGUGUUUGAAUUAUACUGUUUUGGUAGAUGGCCAUAUGUAGAAAGAAUGAAUCAUGUGGUGACAUUCAAUCUGUGCAUUAAAUACAUUUCCAAACCA